AUAGGCUGGCUGUUAAAGCAUUAAAUGUUAAUACUACGAGUCACAUUUGGAAUAGAAAAACUGAGACCCACAGGGUCAACGGACGCCCGAUUGGUGCCAAACAUAAUAUAACAAAAAAGAAUAUUACAAAAGUAAUAGCAUUGGCGCGUACCAUUUUGAACUCGCGGCUCUGCCCUUAUGCCUAG